UAGAAUUGGUGAUUUUUUGAAGCAUGGAGAAGUCUCCAGAGUAUUUUCUAAUGUUUAGUGAGCAAGAAAAGGUAACAUUCUUUACCAUUUUAUUUUAUUUAAUGACAGUAUUAUGGUUACUGUAAAAUAAAAUAUUGCAGCUAAUCAGUAGUCAGUCACAGUAAACUGAUUAAAUUGAUCUCCUGGUUUAUGUUCACAUCAGAAGAGAUUAUCAAAUCACUCCUAUACUGUGGUCAACCAGCUCUGCGAUCAUCCUGCUCUGUCCUAUCCUGGUUGCAAUGUUGCUAACAUGCUUGUAUGAGUGACAGGCAGCGGCUGCCUUUAGACUAUGACACACACUGGGCUGGGUACUUAUGAGGUGUUGAUGACGUAGCAGUAAUUAACAUGAUGAUCUUACAAAAAUGACUCAACAGUAUUGCCACAUGAUAAUGUAAAAUUUUGUGUUAGUUUUUACUGUUUCAAUAUUUCCGCAGGCCUGUGGGUCAUUUGUAUUAAUUUAUGUGAGUGAAUAACAUGUUUUUUCCCUUCUUUUUCUGUCCAUCUGUUCUCCAAGAUGGAUUUGCCUUUUGAGAUGGACUCAAGUACCAUCAGUGGAUCCAUCAAUGACCAGCCUACCUCAACACAUAACCAUGAUGGGCUCCUUGUAGAAGAGUGUUGUCAGUCUGUGUUUGUUGCACCUGACUCAUCAACCUCAGACCAUGAGAGUCCCCAUCUGAAAGCUGGAAUUUCAGAGUCAGAGUCGUCUGAAAAGUUGUUAUCCUUCCACUAUGGAUCUGACAAAAAACACUCAUACUCAUCAGAUGCAGAUGAUGAAGAUGAAGAUGACUUAUUCAGCAACAGUGGAUCUGGUGAAGAAUAUCAGCCCUCAUCAACACCAUCGAGCAGUGACUCUGAGGAAUUUUCAGAGAAGGAGAAGAAGUCAUCCAGGCACACAAUCCCAGAGAAAGAUCACUGUCACCAAUCAUCUGGUGAACAUGAGCAACUAGAAGCUUUGGAUCUAAGUACCAAAAAUACGUCACCACAUCCAUUUGAAAAGAGGAAAGGAGGAAAGAAAGGUGGAAAGAAGCAGCAAGGUGGUGACAAGAGACAAAAAGUUACGGUUAACACAAGCCAAAAGAAGGGUAAAAGGACUCGGAACAAACCUCAAUACUGUGUAUAUUGUGGAAAGUCAAAUCUGAAGAUUGCAAGACAUUUACAAAGAAAACACAAGGAUGAAGCUGAUGUUGCCCACGCCUUUAGUUUUCCAGUUGGUUCCAAAGAAAGGAAGGUGCUGCUGGAAACCCUUCGAAAUAAGGGCAAUUGGCAACAUAAUCUUAAGGUCUUGGAAGAAGGAAAUGGGGAGAUUGUGACGUGGAAACGUCCAUCUGAGAAAACACCUGUGAGUGACUAUCUACCCUGCCAACACUGUUACGCCAUGUUCAAGAGGACUGAACUCUGGCGACAUGAGAAAACAUGUAGAGCUAGAAAAGUGGACACAAAGAGAGGCAAAAGAGGAAGAAUCCAAAAAACUUCGUCACAACUCAUUCCAAUCAUGAAGUCCUCAGAUGGAAUUCAAAAUCUCAUUCACACCAUGUUGCAAGAUAAGGUAACCUCUCAGAUCAGAAGUGACACGAUGAUAUGCAAAUAUGGAGAUACAUUAUUUGCAAGAAAGGGCCGUGAACAAUCUCAACACAGAUACAUUGCCCGAAAGAUGAGAGAACUGGGACGGUUUGUGAUGGCUGCAAAGGAAAUUGACAAGAGUGUCAAAGGUCUGAAAGAUCUGUGUGAUCCAACAAAAUUUAAUUUGACAAUAAAAGCAGUUAGAAGAGUGUCAAAUUACAGCACAAGCACCACUGAAUAUGCAAAGCCAUCCACUGCAGUUAAAAUUGGCUUUUCUCUCAAAGGGGCAACAGAAACUUGGAUUGGACAUUGUUUGAGGACAUCAGAUGUUUUAGGUGAACAAAAAGCCAAGAAGUUUAAGGAGUUGCUGGAAAGCUCUUGGUCCAGUUAUGUGUCAACAAAUGCUCACAGUACAAUGGAACAACGCCGAUGGAACAAAGAAGACUGUGUGCCUUUGACCGAGGAUGUUAUUACUCUGCAAAACUAUUUGAGGAAGAUUGAGGAUGAGUCUAAGGCGGAGUUGAAGAAGUCUGUGAGCACCACUGCAUACAAAAGGCUAUGUGAGAGCCUUCUUGCACAAAUAAUUGUCUUCAAUAAGAAUCGGGAAGGCGAAGCUUCACGGCUAACAUUAGAGACUUAUCUAAAAGCAGAUACUGCCCCAGUGAAUAAAGACAUUUAUGAUACUUUAUCACCCAUGGAAAAACAAAUGAGCCACAGACUGACACGAAUUGUGACACGUGGGAAGAGAGGUCGAAAAGUGCCCAUUCUGCUACUUGAGCGUACAAGAGCCUCUCUUGAUUUCUUGAUCAAAAAACGGAGUGAUGUUGGAAUACUUGAUGACAACCCCUAUCUGUUUGCUAGGAUCGGGACAACAACAAACAUCCAUGGGUGUGACUGUCUCAGGAAAUAUGCCGUAGAGAGCAAAGCAAGCAACCCAGAGCUCCUGAGGUCGACAAAACUCAGAAAGCAUGUUGCUACUUUAUGCCAGCUUCUCAACCUUGAUCAUCAAGAACUGGAACAAGUAGCUCGUUUUAUGGGACAUGACAUGCGAGUCCACUGUGAAUAUUAUCGCCAAACAGACAAAACGUUUCAGGUGGCCAAGAUUGGAAAACUUCUGUUCGCAAUGGAGCAAGGAGCAAAAUCUCUAAAAGGGAAGAGCCUGAAGACACUGGACUCUGUAGUCUUUGAUGAAAGACACGACCGCCCCCCAACUACAGGCUCGAGAAGAGGCGAAGAGGGACAGACAUCAGGUGCAGACAGACCACUGGAAGUUACUGAUGAUGGGGAUCUGCAGCACCUGUCCACCCCGAGCUCACCUGUUGAGAGACCAAAGAAGACUGCUACAAGAAGAAGGCAUGAUGAUAAUGCUAGGAGUGAAAGUGAUGUGGAUGAGGAAGAGUCACAACAACAGACUCCCGAAAGGCCCCCUGUUGAUUGGAGUGAUGAUGAGAGGGGUGGAAAGCAGCAGCCCAUGAUGAACACUCCACCGCCUGUCAAGAGGCGAAAAAAGACCUCAACUAAACAAAAACAUGAUGAGGAUACAGGUGAUGAGGAACAAAGUAUCACUGCCACAAAAUCUUCUGCCAAGAAGAGAAAGAAAACUGCAGCUACAGCUACAGCUGAAAGAGGGAAAACAGGUGGAAAGGAGCAGCCCAUGAUGAACACUCCACCACCUAUCAAGAGGCGAAAAAAGACCUCAACUAAACAAAAACAUGAUGAGGAUUCAGAAGAAGAGGAACAAAGUAUCACUUCAACACAGUCCUCUGCCAAAGAGGGACAGAAAACUGCAGCUGAAAGAGGGAAAACAGAUGCAAAAAUCCAAGUUAAGAGACCCUGGACCAACCAAGAGAAGAGUGCAGUCCAGCGAGGGAUGGCCAAAUUCAUUGCGCUGAAGAAGGUGCCAGGAAAGACGGACUGUCUACUAUGUAUCAGGAAGGAAUCUCCAGUCCUGCGCACUCGAACAUGGAAGGAUAUCAAGUAUUUUGUCCAUAAUGAAAUAGUUAGAAACAAGAGAAAACUUGAAUUUUAAAGAGGAGCAAUUAAUAGGUAAUCUUGCCUUAUGUUGUGUUUGGGUGUUUUGAGAGGGAGAAAUUUACCAGAGACAAAGGAAGAAGAAAGUUUUC